CCGUGUGGAAAGUUUACCGGCUCGGGUGCAAAGUUUCAGCCGUCUGCAAACGUAUCUGGAAUAUGCUGGUGUCGCCCACAGUCUAUGUGUACGGUAAUUAGUAUAAUUUACCGGAUUAGUUUUACCGUUGGUUGUCUUCAGGUGAUUACGAGUGAUGCUGCCGUCACUGGAGAACAGCAGUGUGUAAAGACGCUGUUAGCAUCGACCGUAUUGUCUCAGGGAGCCAGCUAGCUUAGCGUAAGUCGUUAGCUCGGAGCUGUGUUAAAGAGCUAGCUAGCGUUAGCUGAGGUCCCAGUGAGCUCGACUGAAGACAAAGUAAAACGUUUUUUAACGUUAACUCCAAAGUUGACUCGACGAAGGACCGAGAGGAAAGAAAAAAUGGCUUGCGAGCCUAACCGUGUGCGGCUGCUAUGUAUGCUCUCAUUGACUUUUGGGUUUUUUAUCGUGGAGGUGGUGGUCAGUCGGAUGACUUCAUCCCUGUCAAUGCUGUCGGACUCCUUUCACAUGUUGUCGGACGUUAUCGCGCUGAUCGUGGCUUUGGUCGCGGUGCGAUUUGCCGAGAAAACCCACGCGACCAACAAAAACACCUUCGGGUGGAUCCGCGCUGAGGUGAUGGGGGCUCUGGUGAACGCCGUCUUCCUCACGGCGCUGUGCUUCACCAUCGUGCUGGAGGCUGUGGAGCGGUUCACCGAGCCCCAAGAGAUCGAGAGUCCGCUGGUGGUCGCCGGAGUCGGUGCCGCGGGGCUCCUGGUCAACCUGCUCGGGCUGUGCUUGUUCCGCGGACACGCCGGCGGAGGCCACGGACACUCCCACGGAGGAGGUCACUCUCAUGGGAAUAAGAACAAAAGGGGGAAAACCGGCAAGUCCCAGAAGGCUGGCAAUGGAUCUUCAGGAGAGGAGACUAACAACCUGGUGGGGAACCACAACAGCCCGGGUGACGUGAGACCGAGAAAUGAAAUCAGCUGUAAAGACAACACGGAGGUGCAGAUGAAUGGCAACCCCCUCUUUGAGGACAUGGACCACGACCCCGCAUCGCAGCUCAACAUGCGUGGGGUUUUCCUGCAUGUGUUGGGUGACGCCCUCGGCUCUGUCAUUGUGGUGGUCAAUUCUUUAAUAUUUACCUUUGUGUGGCAGCCCUGUAUCAAAGAUGAGGUGUGCGUGAACCCGUGUAUCAACAGCCACACCACGGACCACCAGCAUGUCAAUCACACGCUGGUUGACCUGCUGGAAGGUCCCACUAAGUUUGCCGGCCCUUGCUGGGUUCUCUACCUGGAUCCCACACUCUGCAUCAUCAUGGUGUGCAUCCUGCUGUACACUACCUACCCGCUGCUCAAAGAGUCCGCCCUCAUCCUGCUGCAGACCGUGCCCAAGCAGAUCAACAUGCACCGACUCAACGAGCGCCUGCUCGGUCUGGACGGCGUGCUGGCCAUCCACGAGCUGCACAUCUGGCAGCUGGCCGGCAGUCGCAUCAUCGCAACGGCACACAUCAAGUGCCACGACCCCACAUCUUACAUGGAGGUGGCGAAGCGCAUCAAGGACUUCUUCCACGACGAGGGCAUCCACGCCACCACCAUCCAGCCUGAGUUUGUCACGUUCAACUCGGAGUCUCGGGACUCCCUCUGUGAGCUCUCCUGUCGGACUCAGUGUGCUCCCAAGCUGUGCUGCGGCUCUGCAGACAAACAGAACACAGGCUCUGAUAAGAAGGCCGGCAGUGACUGCAAGGCUGCUGCUGCGUCAGCCCUGGAGGUGAUCCUUGAGACCCCGGAGCUAGCUGCAGGGGCUGAGGUGCGCCCUCGGUCCGAGCCCGAGAUCACCAUCACUAGAGAGGUGGAGUCGUCUCUGUGAGAUGGAGGGGAUGGAGAGAAACGGAGGAGAAGCUGGAAAACCACCACACUGGACUGAAAUCAUUGUCAUGGACGCUGUUAUCUUUUUUUGACCCGUGGCUCUGUCGUGGCCCGAACAAGAAAUCCUUUUCCAUAGCCCCCCCCCCCAAACCCUUUGUGUCUUCUGUAUUUGAGUCAUUCUUGUAUUUUUCCCCCUCUCUGUAUACCUAUUUUCAUUCCUGCUCUCACUUGGCCCCUCUCUUGUUGCCCUGGUAGUAUGGUGGCGAUGCAUGUUGGGGUUCACACACCGUACUUCCGCCAGGACUGGAGCGAGGCCUGCAUGAGUGUUCCUCAUUAGCACCGUGUUGUGAUGCGUCAUCUCGUCCCAUGGUGUUUCUGUGCCAAAGCUUCUCACUGCAAGACUGAAGGGAUCUGAGAGACCCCCUCUCCUCUAAAAGGACACACAACACAUGCAAGUCGGAGCGCACAUCACUAGGGUAUGUUGUUUAGCCUUUGGGCCCGUUGGCACAGAGUAUGCCCCUGUUUUUUUGCAUAGGCUUUGAGCAGAUCUAUUUUCUUACCCUCCGGCCCAAAAUGGAAGAGUGUUGUUAAAUAAUUUAACUAUUUUAAGUUAUUAGAAAGGAUUUAUUUCUCUCUGUAAAUGCUGUUUGUAAUAUUUAGUUUGGAUGAUAGCAACAAUUUUUGCAAUUUUUUUUCUGUCUCAAAUGUUCUGACAGACCAUCUAUGCUGUAGUCAGUUUUUCAAAUGUGACAUUUUCUAAUGAUUUUGUUUCUCAAGACUCUUCUCUGGCCUUGACUCGGUUUUACUUGCGGCCAUUAGUCGGAUACAGAAGCUGUAUCAACACCUCUCUCACCUUGCCUUUUUAAAUACAAAAAAAAACUGCUGCCAGUAGUAAACAUAGUGUAACUCAACCUCUUGUAUUGGCACGGUCAAACGCCUGAAGGUUGGGUAUGUUGUGAAGAAAUGAGCACUGUAUGCUAUUAAUGAAACAAUAUUCUCCGUAUGAAUCUGUACUGGAAAUCUUUCUUGUGAUCGCUGUUGAUUUUCAUUUGAAAUCCUCAUGAAUGUGUUCAGCACCGCAUCACAAUCAAUGCUGAGGGAGUUUUUUUUUGUAUUUCUAGGAUGUUCUUCUACGUUUUGCAUGACCAAACUGAGACCUAGUGUUCAACUUUCAGGGGCUCCACUGAGAGCUCCGGUUGCUGCUUACCAGUACCGGCUGGUAUCAUCCAACAUUACUCAUAAGUAUGUAGGGAAUGACUCCUCUUAUAGCUUUUCUGUCUUCUGCUUUGGACAGCUGAGCAGGCUGUUUUGGCUGAAUUAAAGUCCAUACGGUGGCCUUUUCAAUUGGUGAAUUUUCCCUCAUCACCACAGAUAUCAUUUAAAGGUGGUCCAUUGAUGUGGUUCAGAUUUCCACUCCUGAGUAAACGUGUAUGCAAUAUAGAAAUGUAUUAUGACGCAUUCUUUCAUGUUUGGUCACUUUUAUUCUGUUUUUAAGACUUGAGCUCUAUGUGCAAAUUGAAAACAAGUGUUUUUUUAAUUUUAGAUAUGACAUGUCAACUGAUGUGUUUUUGAUAUACUAUAUAUCUACAGUACCUGUCCAAUGUGUCAUUGUGAAAUAAAACAAAAAAAUGGCUGUUUGGUACAGUUGAUGAACCCAAAUUUGUCCUUUGCCUUAUUUUCACUUUCUCUGAUCUUUUCAGUCAAAAAUAAUGUAAUGUUAUUUAUAAACAACCAAUGACCCCAAAGAGACAGAAGUACCACAAACGGAUGCAAAAUGUCGUGACUGCCAUGUUUUUUGUAUUGCUGAGGCACGAGGGCCUGUGUAUCAGGGGCCUGUGGUCAGGUCUUUAAAUUACCAUCUUUACACUUUCCUGGGCCACAAAUUCUUUAGGUGUCUGACCGUGUGAUGCCUUAUAUGUUAAGAGUAACAUUUUGAAAUCAACCUCUAAAAGUGAAACUGGUGUAACUUCUUUUUUUUUUUUAAGGUCUUGAAUGACUAUUUCACUGAGCCAAACUUUGAUCUGUAGUUGAC